GCGGGGGUCGGGCUCGUGGAAAGCGGAAGCUUGGGAGGAGGGUGCGCGUGAGCGAGCGAGCGAGCGAGCGCGCUCGUCGGUUACGAUGGGGUCGCUCUCGUUGGAUGGCCUUCUGCAUGUCUUUUCCUUCUUGGAGGCACCGGAUCUACUCCGCGCCGCCCAGGUGGACAAGUUUUGGAACGCAGCAGCAGAUUCAACAGCCCUGUGGAGAAAACUCUGCCUAGAACGCUGGGUGUUUUGCAAUGUUUCCCAUUCAAGCUUCGAAACGUUCACAUGGAAGGAGUACUACCUUCAUCGCUCCCAACUUGAGCACAAAAUGGCAUCGGGGAGUCCUUCAACUGAUUAUAUAUCUAAAGCCAUUAAGGGCUUCAAAGGAGAAAUAAUAAGCAUGGCUUAUCUCACAGCAUACGAGUACAGCUUUCAGAAGCAGGAGAGAUCCAUUAUGUGUACCUUGGGUUCAGAUGGCCUCAUCCAAGCCUGGGAUAUUCACGAGGGUGAAGAAAUUUGGUCACGCUGUGUACCAGACUUGCCCCCACAAAGCCUUGUAACACUGCCUCGGUUCCAACUGGUUAUUACCACACAUGUGAAAGGAACCAUCAAGGUCUGGAACGGGGAAACGGGGGCAGAACAGGCUUCAUUCUCCACACACUCCUCCUCGUGUACCUUGGCGACCUAUAUGGCAAAUGACAGCCCCUUCCUUACAGCAGCCACUGCAGGAGGCACCCUGUAUACAUUAACAGUUCCUCAUUUAAAUGAGGUUUCACGUGUUACCGCAUCUCAAAGCAGCAAUGUUAAUUUGUUGCUCUGCUCAACUAACAUGAAGUGGAUAGUAACAGGAUCUAUUGUGAAUUUAGAGUCACCUACAAAGGUAUUCCAUAUAGAUUCCUUGACUAGUCCUUCUGAAGAUAACCUGCCUCUGUCGACUUGCCUGCCUAUCAUGAACUGUGCUGCAGCCAGUUGGGCGCCCUCAGAGGAAGCAAGACUAACCAUAAUGCAUGGAGAUGGCUGGGCAGGUCAUAUGUCCAUCACCACUUUUGAUAUCAUCACUAAGAAGUCCAAGUAUAAAAUGGAGAUCCAGGCACACGAGGUCGCAAGUUGCGUAUUACCAGAGACCACCACGAGAUCCUCUCUGCUGAGAAGCCAUGGUGCUGACAUGAUUCUUCUGGGAACUGGAUGUGAGCUGAAGCUCUUCUCAAUUUUUGGCACGCAGUUAGCGGUCUUCCAGGAUCACCAACGUACCAUUUCUUCCAUAUGGGUGGAUCCCUCUAGGGUCAUCACUGCUUCCUGGGACCUCUCUCUUCGUGUGUACAUGUGGAAAAGGGAGAGCAACACUACUGUGCUGAAGAGUUGUUAUCACUUACUGGGGGGAUCCCACAGAUGGGCAAGGGGAUUCACUGAUGUGACCUGUGACGGUGUAAGCAUUGUAGGAGCGUUAGCUGGAAGAGAUGGGACAGACUUCCUAAGGGCAUAUACCUUCAGCCUCUAAUGUGCUUAAAAUGAUAGCAGUUUGUAGGUAACCUCAUCCCCUUUCUUGUAGAGAAUGUUGGUACGUAUAGAGCUCGGAGAAAUUCAUUUGCCAUAGAAAGUAGUUGCACUAAUUUACAUCCCGAGAAGCAGCAUGGCCCAAUGGAAUGAGCAGGGGCCUGGGAGUCAGGAGACUCUCGGCUCCACCACUUGCCUGCUGUGUGACCCUGGGCAAGUCACUUGGCUUCUCUGUGCCUCAGUUUCCUCAUCUGUAAAAUGGGGGUUAAAUUCCUGUUCUCCCUCCCUCCCUCUUGGACUGUGAAUGAUCUGAUUAUCUGGCAUCAAGUUGUAUUUUAAGGCCAAAGAGUUGAUCUUGUUGUUCUACUCGAUCAAUAGUAUUCGAUGUCGACUGGAGACAGAGCACUAAAUUAAACUCGCGAAAGAGUAUAGUAAAAGGCACGAUCCCUGCCUUCAGGAAUCUUACAGUGGAACCUAAGAGAUUCAUUAGGUAAACUAGAAAAUCUAGCUUCUCUUUGCAGGUAAUGACAGUUGUAUUUAGAACACUGGUCUUCAAUUACUUAUGUCCCUUGAGAUGCUCUAGUUUGGCUUUAAUAGGUAAGAAAUGUGGUUUGUGAAAGUUUGCUGUUUCAACCCCUUGAAUAAAGUGCAAUAUGUUCACAUUAACAUUAUCUCACUGCAA